ACAGAUUUCCUUGACUGCAGCGGCGAUGUAUCUCUCUUUCCCUCUCUCUCUUUCUCUCUCUCUCUCCUAUCUAAUGCCUCGCUCUAUCUUUAUCUCUUCUUUCUGAUGCUAUUUAUUAUGCAUGACUUCUUUGCCACAGUCAGCAACGCUAAGCGCCAACCUUCCUUUUUGUCCCUCUCUUCUCCCCUCUUCUAUUCUCGACUGCAUUAGCUGCUCGCCCACCACAAUCCACCAUUUUCAAACUUUGCUUGUCUUCUGCCCGUCUCCAGUAUGGGCCACAACUGGAUCUCCUUCGGCCUACCGCCGGUGGAGAUGCUACUCCGUCCGCAAGCUACCGCCUUCGACCUCGUCCACUCCUCCAACGACGACCACGAGUCGUACUUCCAGUACUUCUUCCCUCCCGCCCCUGCCGCGACCGAUCUCAAGCUCGAAGACCUCCUCACCGCCGAACCCUGCUCGGAUCCCCUCGCCCAGGUUACCGACGCCCAGGAUUCCUCCUCCGCUGGCACGGCUGUCGUCGAGGUCUCCUCCCCUGCCGCCGCGGGGCCUAUAGUUCCGUCCGCGGCCGGCCAGCGCACGUCGGUCUACCGCGGCGUCACCAGGCACCGGUGGACUGGGCGGUAUGAGGCGCAUCUCUGGGACAACACGUGCCGCAGGGAGGGACAGAAGCGCAAGGGUCGCCAAGUGUAUCUGGGUGGCUAUGAUAAAGAACAAAAGGCAGCUAUAGCUUAUGAUCUCGCAGCUCUAAAAUAUUGGGGUCCGACGGCCACGACCAACUUUCCAGUAAGCAAUUACAGCAAGGAGAUUGAAGAAAUGAAGUGUAUGUCCAAGCAAGAGUUUAUUGCAUCUAUAAGAAGAAAAAGCAGUGGAUUCUCAAGGGGCGCUUCCAUCUACAGAGGAGUGACCAGGCACCAUCAACAUGGACGGUGGCAGGCAAGGAUAGGCCGAGUCGCAGGCAACAAGGAUCUCUAUCUAGGAACCUUUGCUACUGAAGAAGAAGCUGCUGAGGCAUAUGAUGUAGCUGCCAUCAAGUUUCGCGGCACAAAUGCUGUCACUAACUUUGAACUCAGUAGGUACGAUGUGGAAGCGAUCGCAAACACUGAUCUACCGAUCGGAGCAACUACAAAACGGGCCAAAUUGUCUCUCCAAAUGGAACAAAACCAGUCCCCAUCUGAUAAAUUUGAGAAUGGACAGCAAUUGGACAAUGUGACACCCCAUCUCUUUGGAAACCAUACGCAGUUUCAAGCUCCUUGCGGUGCAGCUCCCGGCUUGACAUUUUGCAGUUUGGUUGAGAAUGCUUCUGUCACCGUUUAUCAGCAAGACCUGUGCCUCUUCACUGCAAAAGAGCAACUCAAGAACUCCGUGGUUAGUGUUUGCAGCCAAGAUUUGUGCUUGUUCACUGCAAAUAGUAAACAACUCAGGAAUCAAGUUGACAAUCAGCAAUGAAGGGCCAGGGGCAUUCUACGACACAGUAAUGCUAGUAUUUUCUUUUUAUUAUUAUUAUUAUUAUAGUGAAGAAAAGAAGGAUCCUUCCUAUUUUGCUUAGAACAAAUGCUAGCCAGUUCCAUGGAUCAUUUGGGGUAGGGAUAGAAUAGAAUAGUCUAAUGGGGGGAAAACACUAAUCCAGUUUUGAGGUCCGACUGUUCUACGCAUGUAAAGUGUUUUGUUUUGACUUUUGCUUGCUGCUUCAUGCGAUGUUAUUGUCAAAUGUUUUGUUGGAAGAUGGCAGCAUGAAACCUGCGUAAGAACAUGAUAAAG